AUGCCGACGGCGCUGCUGAAGACUCCGCCGCCGCAGGACGUUGCAGCAAUCGAUGGUGUUGCUGCAGCUGGCGCCACCCCGUACAGGAAUGCGUGCAAGUCUCAGGCCUGCGCCAUUCAGGACUGCUUGAAUGCCAGCGACUACCAGGAAGCGCGCUGCGCCGCGCAAAUCGCGGCGCUGAUAUCUUGCUGCGACGCAGAGAUGGCCGCCGCACCCCAAGGCGCGGAGCGUCCUAUACAGUGCUGCUUUGGGCCGCGAUACCGGGAUUUGGCGGCGAAGCACGGCGUUGCGGCUCAGCAGAACAAGAAGUAG